AUGUCGGUGAGAGAGGUGUCGAGCGCAGAGUUCUACCAGCUUUCACGGAGAGCCGAGGGGAAGCUAUUGGUGACGCAAUUCACCGCGACUUGGUGUGGACCGUGCCGGCGGAUUGCUCCUCAGUAUGAAGCCCUGGCGAGGAGGAUGCCGGAGGUGGAGUUUGUCAAGGUGUACGAACACAACAGCCGAGACGCCAUCAUCGCGUCGGGGGUGCGGUCCUUCCCCACCUUCCACUUCUACGUCGGCGGAGCAAAGGUCGACGAGUGCCGCGGGGCGAACAUCGCUCAAGUAGAGCAGAAAGCGAAUCAACACCAGGCGGCCGCAAGCUCCGCGGGGGGUCCCGUCAUGGUCAAGCUCCGCUUCGAGCGAGAGAAACCCAGGGAGAGCGGCGAGGGCUUCAUCCUGGUGGCGCAAGAGACCGACGUAGAGGUGCACGCGGCCGAGGGGCUAGAAAUCUUCAAGUUUCAGGUGCUCUCUUUAACCGACAUCGAGGCCGAGGAGCAAAGCCUCGCCGCGGGGAACUCCAACACCCCCAUAGACAGCGACGCCGACCUCACGGCCGCGCUGCGGAAGACGGGGGGCGGGGUGUACGGCAACUACCCCGUCAUACGAGUCUCGAAACGCUCCAAGGCUGCACGAGGAGGAGCGAGCGGGGGCCGGGCCUCGGCAGGGACAGCGGCGGGGGCAACCGCCGCGUCUAAGGUCGACUGGGAGGGAUGCUGCUCCCGAACGUUCUACGGGUUCUUCGGGGGGAGGCCCGUGAUCCAGCCGGCGUACGUCAUCCGCGAAGAGACCCUCCUGCCCGAGGGGGACCUCAGCCCCCUCCAGAAGAAGAAGGCCGGGCCAGAGGCGAUCCUCCUUGUCUGCAAGGCCUGUGCGGAGAACUGCUUUGUUCCCGGAAGGGCCGGGCCCAGCGCCGCCAUCUCAACAGCCGCAGCGUUCGUGUGCCAGUCCAAGGAAGCGUGCGGGAAGGGCUACGGCUCCGACCUCUUCUCCGGCCGCGCAGACGCAGGAGCCGAGGUGCUCCCGCCGGGCUCCCCGGCCGCGGUAGCCGCCGAAGCCGCUGCCGCCGGCGCCGCCGACAAGGUUUACUACGCCGCCAGAGGGCUGCCGCCCGCGACCACCAACAACAGUGACAACCCCGAGAUGGCCGACAUGAGGCGGCAGAUCGCGAGCGGAAUGAGGGGUGCCCUCGCUUACGAGGACGGCGCGCUGCAGGCCAAGGCCCGGGCCGUCCUUCCCACUGAGGGGGGGAGCGUUGUCGAGAAGGGGGCGGAGAUGGCCGCCGCGGGAGGGUUGUCUGAGGAAGAGGGCUUGGCUCGGGCGUUGUUGAGCUGGUUCAAGAAGGACUUCUUCAAGUGGACGAACAAGCCUCCGUGUUCCGGUUGCGGGGCGCGCGGUGCCUGCAUGCAGGGCAAAGGGGGCUGCGCCCCGACCCCAGAGGAAGCCUCGAGCAAGGCUUCCGUGGUCGAGCUGUACUUUUGCAAGGAGUGCGGGGCACAAACGCGGUACCCCCGCUACAACGAUCCCGCCAAGCUCUUGGAGACGCGGAACGGGCGAUGCGGCGAGUGGGCAAACUGCUUCACUCUCAUGUGCCGGGCGGUCGGAUUGGAGGCUAGGUGUGCAAGGGACUGGACUGACCACGUCUGGACCGAGAUCUGGAUCCCAGCCAGGAACGCGUGGGUGCAUGCUGACGCCUGCGAGAACAAGCUCGACAAGCCGCUUAUGUACGAGCAAGGCUGGAACAAGAGGCUGUCCUACGUCGUCGCCUUCGGCAAGGACGGCGCGGUCGACGUCACACGAAGGUACACGCGGCGUUGGCUACAGGUGCUGUCGCGCCGAAAUUUGGUCCCAGAGAAGUGGCUGGCCGGCGUCAUCGGCAGCCACUCGGCGGCGAGAACGGGGACGAUCGUUGCCAGGUUCGCUGAAGAGCAGAGGGAGCUCGAGCGGUACGAAUCGAUGCGCUGUGACGGCGACGGUCUCGACAACGAGGAAAAGGAGGGUCGGCAGUCGGGGGACGCCGAAUGGAUCGCGUCUCGCGGGGAGGGAGGAGGUCCCGCCGGAGCAGCCGGAGGGUCACCACGGGCGGCGGCGGCGGCUUCUCCGUUUACCGGCGUCCCGAUGGCCGUUCUCCAACCGGGCGGCGGCCUCGCUCUCUGCGUGGCGGCCGUCGUGGAACGUUCCGGGGACGCUUCCGUCCUUGUGGGCGGGGCGACGGUGUGUCGGCUGUCGGGGGGUGGUAGGGUCCACCGCGGGGCCGUCUGCGUCGCCGCCGUUUCGGCGACCACCGGGGUUCUCCUCGGCGCGAACACGUUCGUGCUCGGCAGCGAGGCUGAUUCCGCCGCGGCAGCGUGGUUGGACGGCCUGCCUGACGGCGCCGUGGUGGCCGUCGCGACCGCCACCGGGGGGCAGCGGAAGGACCAAGCGGGCCUUGGCUCCGGGCUCACGGAGGCGAUGUUGACGCAGCUCUUCGGGGAAGGGAGCCCAGAUACCGAUGAUGACGACGGCAAGUCGAAGCCGCCGGACGACGACAGCACGCCAACGGCGAUCGCGGUCGUGGGCUUGAAGAAGGGACCGACCGGUGCCCGGAGAUGGGCUCGCCGUCAGCACCGGGGCGAAGACGGUGGCGGCGGGCGCUGCGCCCUGUACACGGAAAUCCUGCUGCCCCCCCCCGCCUCGGGCCGCGCCGCCGCCGUCCAGGUCGAACUGCAGGACAAGCUUUCCCUGUGCCCGCUGAGGUCGCUGCCGGCCGAAGGCGAUGCGGCGGCGGCGACGACCACGCCGUCUGCCGUGGCGGUGUCUGCGUCCGCCCGCGGAACCUGCCGCCGCGCGGGGGAACCGACGGUGUCGAUGGGGCCGGCGGUUGACCUGGUUGACUGCCCGGGCUGGACGACCGUGCUCCAAGUUCCCGGGGACAUGGCGGGGGCUGGGUCGGCCGACGACGCGGAGAAGGAGGAGGUCUCGGCGGUGCCCCCUGUAGGCUGGGUGGUGACGACUGUUCACCCUGCGGUCGGCGGGACGCACGAGGACACGGAGGAGUUCGAUGACGGGCCGGUCGGGUGCCCCGCGUUUGUCAUGGGCGGCUCCCCCGUCGCGUUAACAGCGGACGGCAGUGCGCCCCCGUUCUUGCCGGCCGGCCGCGUGCGAGAGAUCGUUGGGUGGAGCGGAGACGCCGUCAACGGCGUCCAGGUGGUCUACGACGUCCAAGGGGAUGCCGUCCGAGGGCCGAAGCGGAUGGGCGACCACGGCCUUUACCGCCAGUCGAAUUUCGUGCUGGAUGUCGAGGGCGGAGAGGUGUUGACCGAGAUAUCCGUCAAGGCUGGGGCAAUCGUCGACAGCGUGCGGGUCAGGACGAACAAGGGCCGGGAAAAAACGUGGGGGGGCGCCGGCGGGCACCUGCAGCGAACCUGGCACGUACCGACGGGGAGCUCGUUCCUGGGGUUUCACGGAGGCGUCGGGGGCCACGUGCACAGCCUCGGGGUAACCCUUGCUGAGAGGGGGGGGCAGGCGGCGGGGGCGAGCGGCGAGAGUUCCCUGGCCCUUGACCCAGUCGUGAAGACCAACCUGUACGCCGCCGACAGAGUGGCGAGGGCGUGCGCCCAGUUUUUGGCGUUCAAUGCUCCGCCUCCCGGCGGCGGCGAGGCGGGGCGCUCCGCAGCCGCGUCGUCGCCAGCACCGCGGACCCCUCCCCCCCCCCCGCCGGCGCUCGAGGAAGUCGUGACCGCUCUCGAGACCAUGCGCAAGUACGCCGACAAUCUCCUGGCGUCUCCCCUGGACCCGAAGGUUUCCCGCAUCCGCCUUGCGAACGGAUUCUUCGAUCGCAAGAUCGGCAGGCUGGCGGGAGGCGGAGGCGUCGUUCGCGCCAUGGGGUUCGAGCUUGCCGACGAAGGCGGCCGCAUGCACUACGUCUUUCGGAGGCAGGGGGGCGGGGGCGGGCUCGGGGGACUCCGACGCGCGCGGCAGACCCUGAUCGACUUGGCGGCGGCUUUGACAUCGCCGGUUUAGGUCAAGACUGUCGAAAGGCCGCGGCACUCCGAAAUGUGCGGAGGGGUGGCGCUUUGCACGUCUUCCCGAAGAGGACGUAGCGAGCGAGUUGUCGCUAGCGGCCCCGCGAUAAUCACGAGCGAAUGCUUUAUGUGCCCCCCUUUUGUUUAGGUGUUCGGCCUACGGCUGCCCGUGAGCGUAGUUCCUGGCUCCGUGAUCGGAGGUUGUUUUCACCGGAGGAAAGAGAUGCCAGGCGGAGGUUGUUGCGGUUUAGCGUACAAACGUCGCGUUUUUUUUUUUGUUGACACAAGCGCUGAGCCAUCAGAAAGGGUGCCGGUCCCAAUCCGUGUGAAGAGGAAGUGCAUCAUAGUUGUUGCACAUGGUGUUCCUGGUUCAGUUGGAUAACAACUUCUGCAAGCGCCCCUUUGUGAAUGGAGUGGCGAGUGUAGCUGCUUGUCGUGAAUUGUAGGGCGAUCGAUUUGGUACUUGGUCGUGCUGCCUGCAACGGGCCAUGAUGCGGAUCAUGAACUGCAGGUAUCUUGAUUUCAGUUUUGGACCCUUGAUUGCGGACCCCGGUAUAGGGGUCCCUGCUCAGCGGGAUGCCCUGUAUUGUAGCGGUUACAACAUUGCAUGACGCCGCUGCACCCUGGUUUAUCGGUGUUACCACAUCCGUUCCGCGCACGUCAACACUAUGCUAUGCACACGUGUGGUGUGCUUUGUUGAACUUUGCCAUGUGCAAGAAAGUACUUGAACGCAUGCUAUUUGCUUUGUUCCCCUCGUUGAUACAUACGAAGUAGGUUUGUGGUAUUCGUAGGAUUUCUUACCUUUUCUGUUAAUUUGUAUUUAAUAGUCGGAUUUCCUUCCUAGGGCGUGGGGGAGGAGGGCUGGCCAGGUGACGGGAAAAACUGUGGACGAGCACUACGUACGGUAGUCUAGCACUCCCUCGCUCCGUACGGUGUAGGAGCCUUUGAAUAUCUUGAUUUUUCCCUCUCAUGUGGUGAUGUUAUUGUCCACUUCCUAGUCUCUUUAGUUUUGUAUUUCUUGAGGUGUGGGCAUUUUCGGAUUCUCGUUCCUGCUGUAGACAACUGCUGUAGGUAUUGUUGUACCUUGUUUUUAUUGUUGGUUAGCUUUUGGCCCACGGAAGUCGUUUCGUUCAAGUGAGGAGAUGAUACUGCUGAAAGGUAUCGGGUAGGCCAGAGAAUUUCAAUGAAGACCAAAUCGCGCUG